UGUUCUCUCGCUUAACAAUUGAUCAUGAUAAGUAUGCAUUAGGACAUUAUGUAUUGGUGUGUUUUUUUCUACACACCAAUUUAUACACUCUCUCACUUCUAAGAAAUAAGCAUAGACACUAUGCACCGAGAGUGGCCUGAUAGAGCUGAAGUUUACAUGGCAACCGAGUAGAGACUAAAUAUUGAUUUGACUCGAUAAUUGAAGUCCCGUGCUUGUGACAACUAGGACUUUGAGUUAGUUUGAAUGGGACAAGUCUUCUUUGAAAAACAACCCUGCCCGCCUUGGUGCCACGCCGCUUGGUGCGCAGCAAGCGCGUGAGCGCCAAACAUAAGUGGCCGUUGUAUAUAAUACGUAUGUUAGUAUGUUACUCUUAUCCCCGCCGUCCACUUUGCUUUGAGAUCCCUGCCAUAUACUGUAUUAAUUCAUUAUUUUGAAUUUUAGAUGGGUAUAUGGUACAUAGUUUUCAUAUAUACAUCCCUUAGUUGGUGAAUUCCAUAGAUAGAAAGGUGCUGGUGUCAAGUCAAGAGAAAAAGGCAGCAACCUGGCAGUGAGGGGGUUCCCUUGUCUACCCGGGCUCGUGUCAUCAUCUUUUUCUUCAGAGAAUGAGAACGACAAAGGUCCUUAAUUGAUAGUAAUGAUUUUUCAGAGAACAUGGCUGACUCGGUCAGCAGUAUAAAUUCAGGAACGGUGCUCUGAUGGCUCGUGGUCACCUUCUAAUAACCCUCCACAGAUAUUGCUCCGUCGGUGCUUGCAGGUCUGCGCCACGCCGACGGCCGGCUUGCUGCGCUUCCGCGCUCCGCUCCAUAGCUCGUUCCGCCAUUAGACGACGGCUUCGACGAAGUGCCGCCAAGGGUCGCCGAUCUAAAUUCGGCCAAGCUAGCAAGCCUAGCCAUGAAGCUUACUGCAAUCAGACAAUUUCUCUUGGUGCUCAUGGCGUGCUGUGCACAUGCUGUCAUCUGCUCCAGUAACGGAAACUACACAUCAACGGAAGAUAGGCUGUCACUACUUGAUUUCAAGAAGGCAAUCAGUCUUGAUCCACAACAAGCAUUGGUGUCGUGGAAUGAAAGCAGCCACUUCUGCAGCUGGGAAGGUGUAUUGUGUAGUGUCAAGCACCCAAAUCGUGUUGUUUCUCUUAAUCUCACACGUCGAGGUUUGGUAGGGCAAAUCUCUCGUUCACUCGGAAACCUUACAUUCCUAAAAGAUCUAGUGUUGCCCGGUAAUUCAUUCACUGGAGAGAUCCCUGGAUCCCUUGGUCGCCUGCAUCGCCUCCAAAUCCACUUCUUGAGUAAUAACACGCUUCAAGGAAGGAUACCUAGUCUUGCAAACUGUUCAAAGCUCAAGGAGCUACGGUUGAACAAUAAUCAACUAGCUGGACAGAUUCCUGCAUAUUUGCCUCGCACGCUUCAAAAGUUGGUACUUUAUAGUAAUAAUCUUAGCGGCACCAUCCCUACUUCUCUUGCCAAUGUCACAACGCUAAAUCAGAUUUCUUUGUCGUCAAAUAAUUUCGAGGGCCACAUCCCAAGUCAGUUUGCAACCUUGUCCGGGAUGAAAUACCUGGAUGUGGCUGGCAAUAAGUUGUCAGGUCGUUUUCCACGGCCUGUCCUAAAUCUUACUAAUCUAAUUGGGUUUAGCUUUGCUUCUACUGGUCUAAGUGGAGAUGUACCAUCAAACAUCGGCAACUCUCUACCCAAUCUCCAAUUUCUCCUAGUAGGUGACAACUUCCUUCAUGGGCAUAUCCCAUCUGGAUUAACAAAUGCUUCCAGGCUGUACAUGAUCGAUAUAUCCAGGAACAAUUUCACUGGGGUUGUGCCUAGCUCCAUUGGCAAACUUUCUAAACUAUCUGUUUUAAAUAUCGAGUUAAAUAAACUCCGAGCAAGCAACAAGCAAGACUGGAACUUUUUGGACAGCUUAGCCAACUGCACUGAGCUGCAGUUCUUCGCGGUAGAUCAUAAUAGUCUAGAAGGCCAUGUUCCAAAUUCAUUAGGUAACCUUUCCAAUCAACUCCAAUAUUUGUACCUGGAAGGAAAUCAUCUGUCAGGAGAUUUUCCUUCUGGUAUAGCAAACCUUCGCAACCUAUUCAUUGUAUCAUUGGAUGGGAAUCAAUUUAGUGGUGUGGUUCCAGAAUGGCUUGGAACUCUAAAAAAUCUACAAAUAGUAUCACUAUCAAGCAAUUUCUUUACAGCGGUCAUUCCAUCAACCUUUUCAAAUAUGUCUCAAUUGGAACGUCUCUUUCUAGACUCCAACAAAUUUGAUGGGCACAUACCCCCAAUCUUAGGAAACCUCCAAAUGCUUGGAGUACUGAACAUUUCCAACAACAAUCUUCAUGGGAGCAUACCAAAGGAGCUCUUCAGGAUUCCAACAUUAGUACAGAUUGACUUAUCUUUCAACAACCUAGAUGGACCACUUCAUCCCGAUAUUAGCAAUGCCAAACAACUCACAUAUUUGUAUCUUUCAUAUAAUAAUUUAUCUGGAGAUAUUCCAAGCACUUUGGGUGACUGUGAAAGUUUACAAGUUAUCGAGCUGGGCCAUAACACUUUCAGCGGAAACAUCCCCACAUCAUUAGGCAAAAUAACUAGCCUACAAGUUCUCAAUUUGUCUCACAAUAACUUGACCGGAUCAAUACCAGUGUCUCUUGACAGCCUACAACAUCUUGAGCAACUAGAUUUGUCAUUCAACCACCUAGAUGGUGAGGUCCCAACAAAAGGAAUAUUUGAGAAUGCAACUGCCGUGCGGAUUGAUGGAAACCAGGGGCUUUGUGGUGGUUCUCUGGAGUUACACUUAAUCUCUUGUUCUUUCACGCCUUUGAAUUCCAGAAGGCACAAGCGUUCUACUGUGCUAAAAGUGGUGAUCCCAUUGGCCAGCAUUGUGGCACUUGCAAUGGUCAUAUCUGUAAUGUUGCUCUGGAGGGGCAAACAGAAGAGAAAAUCUAUAUUUCAGCCCUCAUUUGGUAGCAUAUUUCCAAAAGUUUCUUACCGUGAUCUUGCUAGAGCAACAGAGGGGUUUGCCACAUCUAAUUUAAUUGGUAAAGGAAGAUAUUCUUCUGUAUAUCAAGGAACAAUGUUCCAGGACAGAAUUGUGGUUGCAAUCAAAGUUUUCAGCUUAGAAACAACGGGAGCACAAAAGACCUUCAUUGCAGAAUGUAAUGCUCUGAGAAAUCUGCGACAUCGAAACCUAGUUCCGAUCCUAACUGCAUGCUCAAGUAUUGAUUCUAGGGGAAAUGAUUUCAAAGCCUUAGUAUACGAGUUCAUGCCACAAGGUGACUUGCACGUGUUAUUGUACUCGACUCGAUAUGAUGGAGACACUUCAAUUCAUAGCAGCAUUACACUGGCUCAAAGGUUAAGCAUUGUGGUUGAUGUCGCAGAUGCAUUGGAAUACCUCCACCAUAACAACCAAGGAACUAUUGUUCAUUGUGAUCUGAAGCCCAGCAAUAUUCUUUUAGAUGAAACUAUGACAGCUCAUGUUGGAGAUUUUGGCCUUGCAAGGUUCAGACUUGACUCGGCAACAUCAUGUGUCAGCGACUCCAUCUCAACUUCUUCAAUUGCUAUAAAGGGAACAAUUGGAUAUGUUGCUCCAGAGUGUGCAACAGGCAGUGAAAUUUCAAGCACUGGGGAUGUUUACAGUUUUGGAAUUGUUCUACUUGAAAUAUUUUUGCGGAAGAGGCCAACUGACGAUAUGUUCAAGGACGGGCUGAACAUUGCAAGAUUCGUUGAGAUGAACUUCCCGGACAGGAUAUCACAGAUUGUAGAUCCGGAACUACUAGAAGAGGAGCAUGCUUUAUCGCAACAAACAUCAGCAGCCAUGAAGGAGAAGAGCUUGGAGUGUUUACUUUUGGUGCUAAAUAUUGGACUUCGCUGUGCUAAUCCAUCCCCGAAUGAGCGCAUGGACAUGCGAGAAGUGGCUGCAAGGCUGCACGGAAUCAAGGAGGCUUAUCUUAGAGGAAACUAAGGUAACACUAGCCAGUACAUUGAUGAUUUGGUAUGAUCUACUGUAAAUUUUGUCCUAGUUGUACCCUAUUUCUUUUUCAUUGUUUUGUAGACUGAACUUUGUUUCCUACUGUGGAUGAAAUAUAGCAGGUCUGCUGCUAUUUCUUCUACCUGCAGCUUAUGUAAGGUUUACCGCCUAAACUAAUAAGGUGUUUGGUUUGAGGGACAAACUCAUCUUAGAUGGGAUGGUCCAUCAUGAAUUCAUCUCAUGAAUUUUGGUGGGAUGACACUAUCCCUCAUGUUUGCACUAUUUAUGUUCUUGUGAAGAAUGAGGUGGUGAUAGAUCAAUCCAUUCUAUUCUUCAAACCAAACAUGUGGGCUACGAAGAGAUAGUGAUGGUAUCACCUUGUUCCUCAGACCAAACACCCUAUAAAUAAUCUGAGAAGUGGUGGUAUGCCUUUCUCCACUGCAGAUUUCCGGUGUUUAGUAAGAACGCAAGAGAGCCUGGUAUAUACUAGGCCUUUGUUGACAAAGAAGUGGAGCUGGCAAACUGAAGCUAGCUUGACUACUUGAACCCUGGAACACAGCCUGUGUUUUUUGUUUUUUUACAUGUGGAGAUUUGAAAUUCUCAAUUCUUGCUUUUGAUUUAAAUUAUAAAUUGUUUGCACAGAGAGUUAAUAUGUUUGUACCUCUGUCCUCUAACUCAACUCUGUUUAAUAUUCUCUAUCCAUGGGAAGGGGAAGAAGUGUUGUUCUUCUUAUAUGCUUUUACUAUUAAGGAAACUAGAUCAAGUGGCCCGCGCAAUUGUGCGGG